AACCCUCAUUUCAUUAAUUAUGGGAGGGAGGACGUGAUCAGACGCAACUCAAAUGAAACAAGUCAAAUCUGUAAUUAGUUGUGGACGUGAAAAUGUAAAUUGUCGCAGCAGCACAUAACCUCGUAUGCGAUACGAUCGUAUGGAAAUAAAAUCUACAGAAAAAUUUUUGAUGGAUAUUUAAUGACAUUCUUUUUGCAUUAACCACAGAAUCAAAGUGGAGACGUGGACUAGAAAAGGUGUUCCUAUACGAUUCUUUCUAAUCCCAUUUAAGUAUGAUUUCUUCGAUUUUGUCAUUGAAAUAUUGUAUCGUCACUAGAUUAACUGAUACUCGUCGAUGAAUUGCCAUUUCUGCCAAAACAUAGCAAAUGAAUUCUUCACUCAGUUUUUACCGGUAGUUUUACUCUGAGAAUAUUCAAAUGAUAGUUGUCAAACAAUAGAAUUAUUUAGAUGAAAUAAUUUAUUCAUGAUCUUCAUAUAUCUUAUAAUAAGCAAACUCACUUUUGACUUUAUCUCAAGAAAGAUCAUAGAUCUGACUUGAGAAAUUUCUUUAAACCAAUAAGAAUCGAAAGUUGGAAAAAACCAAGUGUUAGUUGCAUAUCACACCUGUACUGCACACGUAGAUAAAGAUAAUAUUUCUAUGCGUAAAGACGCAGAAAGUGUGCAUAUCAACUAUGUUUGUUAUAAAUUGGAAUGAUUAAUCAAUUCUUUACUAAAGUAAGAAUUCGUUUGUUAUUAAUCGUAGGAAAAAGAAGGAAAUUUUUUUCUUUCCUCAAUAAAUACAUCCCACGUACGAAUGAUGAACUAACUGGUGUACUAAACAUCGCCAAAACGAUGUAGGAAAGAAAAAAUUGCAUUUUCUUCAGAUUGUUUUGAUAUAAAAGAGUGCAGUAUAGUAUUACAAUAA